AUGGCUAGCCCCGUCGCCACCACCUCGCGCGCCGUGCUUGGCAGCGGGCUGCGGGCCAGCCGCCAGCGCUCGUCCGACGCCGGCCGCCUCUUCACCACCUCCACCCCCAACCGCAACGACUCGCUCUGGACCAUCACCCCGUCUUCCUCGUCCUCGUCCUCGUCGGCCGGCGCCGCAGCCGCCUCUUCUGCUGCCGCUGCGCCUCCACCGCCACCCGCAGUCGACCUCAAGGCUGCGUUUGCCGCCGCCCGUGCCGCGCCCGCAUCAGCCCAGGAUGGUGCUUCACCAGCAUCACCAGCACCCGCGCCCUCGCACAUCGAAGUAGACCCCAAGCUCGCCCAGGCAGAGAGGCGCCGCAUGUCGCGCACCAUGAUGGACCAGCUCGCCACGCUCGGCAGCACCCAGACGCGCGCCAGCUCCUUCCGCCCGCACAAGAUGCGCCUCAACCCCGUCACGGCCCAGGAGCUCACGCUCAACCACCUCGUCGCCUCGACCGCCCAGAUGGGUCACAGCCUCUCGUCGCUCAAGGCGGCCAACCAGCCCUUCAUCUACGGCACGCGGCACGACGUCGCCAUCUUUGACCUCGAGCGCGCCACCCUGCCCGCGCUCCGCCGCGCCGCCCACGUCGUCCGCGAGGUGGCCGAGCGCGACGGCGUCAUCCUCUUUGUCGGCACCCGCCCCGGCCAGCAGGCGAGCGUGCUGCAGGCGUGCAAGCGCCUCGGCUCCAACGGUUUCCACGUCACCGCCGAGCGGUGGAUGCCCGGCGUCAUCACCAACGCGCCCAAGCUCCUCGCGCCCGCCAUCCUUGCAUCCAUGGGCGACGCCGACGAGGCGACGGCCUCCAUCGGCUCCAACAAGCUCGCCACCCAGCACUACCAGCCAGACGUCCUCGUCAUCCUCAACCCCAUUGAGAACGCAUUCGCCAUCCGCGAGGCCACCCAGGCCAACAUUCCCACCAUCGCCAUCACCGACUCCGACGUCGACCCGCGCAGCGUCACCUACGCCAUCCCCGCCAACGACGACAGCCUGCGCACCGUCGAGCUCGUCGUCGGCGUGCUGAGCAAGGCCGGAGAGGAGGGCAUCCGCUCGAGGAAAAAGAAGCUCGACCAGGCCGAAAAGGUGGCACGGAGGAUGGCACGGAGGCUCAACAACGCCCGCGGACCCGCAGGAGAGGAGAGCACCAACUUUGACCCCAGGACCAGGAGGGCCUCGAUGGCCGAUGAGCUCAAGAGGUAUCGAAAGCAGCUCGACGACAACGAGGAGGCGGCAGCGUGA